AGUCAAGACUACCCGGUUGCGAUCGGACCUACUCUCACCGCAAAAAGUGCGUAGGGCGGAAGAGCGCUGCUCAAGCCGCCUCCUCCUAAUCCUUUCCGGCGGCCGAUAAGGUGCCGGAAUUCCGGCGAGACGCCACGUCUGGGGUGAGUUUAUGCGUGUUCUUUUCCUCUGGGUGGGUGUGUGAAGUUUGGCAGCGGCGGUGGUGCUUUAGUUAUGGCGCCGCGGCGGAAGAAGUGGACGGAGGAGGAGGAGCGCUCCCUCCUCGAAAAGUACGCCGAGAUGGCCGCGGAUGGCUCUCUUUCCCGCCUUCGCACCAGGGAGCGCCGCUUCCGCCCCAUCGCUGCCCAUGUCAACGCUGCUCACCACGCCGUCGACCCCUCUGCCUACCCCUUCCUGUGGUCAUGGAAGGACGCCGCCACCAAGGUCCACAACAUGCGACAUCAAUACUUGCUUGUCAAACGCAAGCUGCUCCCCCUCGAUCCGCCGCCCUCCUCCGACUCGCCCUCCGCUGCUGUCGACUGGGCAGGACAACAAGGGGUCUCCCACUGGCCAAAUUUCCUCAUCUACCGAUCCGUUUUCGGCGACGCGCCCUUGCCAUCGGCUGACCCCGAUCCGGCAUCCGGAGGGGCCUUCGACAACGACGCCGAACUCGGGUUAGGGCUAAGAUUUGACUCCGGACCUGAAGGCGGAGAGGAAGGAGCCGAUCAGGAGGUCGAGGACGAUGAAGCUUUUGAUUUCAAUGAAGUGGUACCCAUUGCAGCGGAGCCGCCCCCGCCUUUGCCUCCUGUUACAGAUUUGAGUAGAAUGAAGGUGAGGAAGGCAAAAAGUGCCAAGAUGCGGCUACGGGAGUGGGAGCUGAGAAUGGAGGAAAAGGAAGCUGAGCGGGAGAGUGCGAGGAAGGAAAGAGAUAAAACGGUGUUGGAGGCAGAAGAGGAGAGGGAGCAGAGGAGGAGACAGGCACAGGUGCAGUGGAGGGAGGAGGAGCUGGAGUGGGAGGAGCGGAUGGAUGGAAGGAGGGAAGAGUGGAUGAAGCGGAUGGAGGGGAUGCUCAAGGAGCACAGGGCCGAGAUGGAGGGGAUCCAAGCAAGGAUCCUCCACGAGCAACAGAGUGUGAUAGGGCAGCUCCUCGGAGUGCUCUCGCAAUGGGCACCGAGUCCUGUGUUCGGGGGCCUCUCAGAUGGGGGUGGCAGUAGCACAGCAAUGGGAAAUCACCACCACCAUCAUCAGGCACACAACCAGCCCGUACCCUAUCUCUCUCAGAUGAUGCAGGGGCUGCAUCAUGUUAACGGAAUUGGUCCAGGAGAACAUCGGGUUGAUGGUGAUGGACCAGAUGAUAACUUCAUGGUUGAUGAUUGACUUCUUUGAUUACUCCAACAGAGGAUUCUGAUAUCAAACAUGCUCUCCAGAACCAGUCCUAAAAUUUGGUGGCAGAAAUUGGAAAUUUUGUAUAUGGCUUUGGAGGUACUUUUUGUGGAUGCUUUGUCUAUUAGGUCUCGCCCAUGGUCAUUCUUUCAUUUCUAAGCUGUAAGGCAUAUUCUUACUACUACAAAAGUCGAAGAUGAAGAUUGGCGAUGAACAUCUAUUUUUCAGAUGUUGGUUCGUUGUGGGAAUCAAACACAUAAGCUUAUCAUUGAUGGAGGAAGCUGUAUAAAUGUUAUCUCAACAUCUAUGAUAGAGAGUCUGAAGCUUCCUACACGGCCACAUCCCGAACCAUACAAAGUCGGAUGGAUAGAUAACACAACUAUUCCGCUUUACCCAGUUGUAGAUCACAGUCAUCAUGCUUCUGUCACGAAGGUCUAUGCUACAGUAAGGAAGUCACUAACAUUAUGAAGUCACUUAGUUGAACUAUAAAGAAAGGGAACUUAAGGUUAUGAAGUAAGGUCAGCUGGUUGAGCGACAAAAGCUUGGGUAAGCAUUCAAAGCAAAAGCUAAUAGCAUGCUACUAAUAGCCUGAUGCAUCUUUCCUUCCUCUCAGCCGGCUGAACAAUUUCACAUCAUGUGAUAUUUCAAAUAUAUCAGGCACAAUUGAUUGGGUUCUCUGUAUGUUUCUGGUCUACUUAUGCCACUUUGAUGAUCCUCUGAAAUAUGAAUUAGGGACAAGCAUCUCUUCAUGCUGGCACUAAAUUUGGUACUGAAAAUUUAUUCCUUCCAGUUUGCUCAUUACUUUUACCUUUUUGAGUGACAUUUCUUUCUCAUUUUAUAUCAACUAGGUUUCAUCCGCAAUUGGCAUGCAAUUAUAUAUACUUGAACAUUUCUUUCUCUGUUCUUGCCUUUUGAUGUGAUGGUUCUUUAUCCUGGCAUGAAACUUGCCAUUUGUUAUUAAGUUUUUAAUUGUGACUCGGGUGAAGUUGUAUUUUGGACAUCGUCUUUCAUUAUUCCCGUUCCAUUGUCCAAAAAAAAAAAAAAAAAAAAUUCUUCUUGUUGCAUCAAACAACUAGCAAUGGCAGAUACAGUUUGUAUGAAGGGAUCGAAAUGAACUGACAUCUGUUUUCAUUGGAUUUUUUGUUUUUUACCAUAUUCAGGAAUGUGGAGACAUUUGUUUUAUUCUGCAAGUGUAAGAAAGCAACUGAAGCGUUUGUUGAAUCUUUGAUACUAUCAUACAUUUGUAGCUCCUAAAAUCAAUGCUUUUUUU